CCGCGUCAACCGCUGUUCGUGACGCAGCACGCUUGGCACGAUGGCCAACCCGCUAACCGGUUACACCUGAUCAGAAACCAUGCUUUAUCGACAAGCUACCCAAACUAUUAACUCUUCAACAUGGCGUCUGUAAUUUUAUGAUCAGGCUUUACAACGAAUUCUGCUGGGAAGUUGAAAAGCAGCAACAUACCUGCAGAGUUCUUGUUGGACCCAGAUGGAUAAAGCACCUCAUAUAACUGCUAGUCAUGGACCGGACGGAGGGCGUAGCCCUGCAGACCUUCUUCGGAGGAUGGCUCUCGGUGCUUGCGGGGCACCGCCCCUAGCCGCGCCUACUUCCGGCGCCCUUACAACACUUGGUGAAGAAGACGAGGGCACGUCAUCUGCACCGGCACAGAUUCCGGCAGGAAUCUUCGCUAUGCCGAAGCCGCGAGCUUCCAUGGCUUUCGCAAGCUGGCAGUCCUAUUGGGACAAGAAGCUUGAAGUGCUGCUACCCGGCAGAGGCGGCACCUUCAACGUGUACGUGGCGGGCGACAGCGGCCCGGUGGUGAUGUGCGUGCACGGGGGCGGCUACACCGGCCUGACAUGGUCGCUGGUGGCACGCCGGCUUAAGGACAAGUACCGUGUGGUGGCUCCUGAUAUGCGCGGCCACGGCCUCACCACUACUGACAACGACACCGACUUCUCCAAGCAGACCAUGUCGGAGGACAUAGUCGCCAUCUGGGAGCAUAUGUUUGGCGGUGGCAGCAGCAGCGAGGCCAACAGCGGAGGCGGCGGCGGGGGUGGCGAGGCCGGCAAGGCGCCCGAGCCGCCCGCCAGCAUCCUUGUGGGGCACAGCAUGGGCGGCGGGCUGGCGGUGUGGGCGGCGGCAAGCAAGCGCAUCCGGCGGCUGGAGGGGGUGGUGGUGAUCGACGUGGUGGAGGGCACCGCGCUGGCCGCGCUCCCGCACAUGAUGAACGUGCUGUCGGGGCGGCCCGCCUCCUUCACCUCGCUGGAGGAGGCCGUGGCGUGGGCGGUGCGCAGCGGCAUGAGCCGCAACAAGGAGGCGGCGGCGGUGUCCAUGCCCAGCCAGCUGCUGCAGCGGCAGGGCGGCGGCGGCCCCUGGACCUGGCGCACGCCGCUGGAGCUGAGCCGGCCGCACUGGGAGGGCUGGUACAUGGGGCUGUCGGAGGCAUUCCUGCAGCUGUCCUGCCCCAAGGCGCUAGUGCUAGCGGGCACGGACCGGCUGGACCGCGCGCUGACCAUCGGGCAGAUGCAGGGCAAGUUCCAGCUCAUCCUGAUGCCCACCGCGGGACACGCCAUCCACGAGGAUGAGCCGGAGCGCGCGGCGGAGCACCUGCUGGGCUUCCUGCGCAGGUUCAGGGUGGGCGAGCCACCGCUGCAGUUCCCACGCGCCCCCACCGGCACGCGGCCAUCGCUGCCGGUGGUGGCAGGGCCGGUGCUGGGUUCGGGUGCCGCGGGCGGACAGCCCCCGGCUGCAUCAUACGGACAGCGGUAACGGCCGGCAGGGUCCAGAAGGAUUGCGAGCUGAGGCAAUAAUUGGAAAGGCGGGUGGUUUCAGGGUGGGUGCCAAGCGGCAGGGAAUUUCCAACGGAUCGAACGGGAGGUUCCAACGGAUCGAGAAGGUAGCGAGAUGCAAAUCAUGUGGUCCAAUGGCAGCCAGGGGGGGUCAUAAAUCCCCCACAGCUCCCUAAACUUCUCUGCCUGUUCUGACAUGCGCCGGUUUGACUUCUGUCAGGCGUAAAUUGCAAGCACCCACUGAGCGUGCACACGUUUUCGAUGCACGUUUAGCACGCCGUCGCUUGGCUCUUGUGAGCAGCUGUGGCGUUUCUCUGCGUUUCGGUG